GAAGAAUAUUACAAUUAAGAUCAAAUAGAUAGUAAGAUUGCCAUAGUAGAAAUGUCAGAUAUUGUAUUGAAACUUAUAUCUGAUCAAACUUCGAGUGAUAAUAAUGUCCGGACGGCGGCGGAGUUAGAGUUCAGUAAACUUCUGACUCAAGAUCCAUCGCAAGUCUUAUACUUAUGUAUUCAAUUUGCUAAGGAUGAAAAUCUUCCAAUAGAUAUUCGUCAAUCUAGUUUAUUACAUACAAAGAGAUUGGUUCCAAAAUAUUGGUCCAUUGGGUUCCCAUCAUUUACUGGACCUCCAGUAAAUCAAGAUGUUAAAAGUUCUAUAAGACAAGAUUUAUUAAAUAUAGCAACUAGUUGUAAUAAUACAAAAUUAAGAAAUGGAAGUGCAUAUGCCAUUGUUCAAAUAGCUUCAGUUGAUUAUCCAGAUGAGUGGCCAGACUUGUUAACAUUUAUUUAUCAAGCUGCUUCCAAUUUUGAUAAUCAAAUAUCUAUGUUAGGAAGUUUAACAGUGUUAAAUGAUUUAUUUGAUGAUUUAAUUACUGAAGAUCAAUUCUGGGGUGGUAUAGGUGCCGAAAUUUCAAAUUAUAUUUUCUUAGUUCUUAGUAGAGAUAAUAUACCAGUAGAAAUCAAAACUGUUUCAGUUAAAUUAUAUCAAAGUGUUGUUGCUGUAUUUUCAAGUCCUGAAGCAUUUAGUUCAAAUGAAAGAAAACAAUUCACAAUAAAUCAUAUUGAAACAAGUAUUCCCACCCUUAUAAAUGUUUUAAAUACUUCAUACAAUAAUUCAGUCAAAUCUCAGAAUGAAAUAAUCCUUAAGGAAUUAUAUUUAAGAUCUUCCAUUUAUAGUGUGUUAUCUUCAAUUUUAGAAGACUUUGGUACUAAAGUCCCUUUACAACUUAGAAACUCUAUUUUAGAAAUCACUUUGAGAGAAUUAUCUUAUAUUUCACAAUUAUUCCGAAAAUCUGUUGUUGAAGAUUCUGAUGAAUUGAAUAUUCAGACAACUCCUGAAUUAGAUGAUCCAGAAAAUUUAUUAAACGUUUAUGUUCUGGAUUUAUUACGAACAAUCACAAUUUUACAAAAUAAAAUUCAUCUUGGACAAUUAGAUAGUCAAGCUAAUUUUAUAAAAGAUUUUGUUAAUUUAUCUCUUUUGACAAAUUCAUCUACACUUGAUUAUGAGGAUGAUAUUAAUACCUACAUUACAGAUAUUACAGGCUUAUCUACAACUCUUUCAGCUCGUGAUUCAGUUUAUGAAUUAAUCUCCGAGAUUAAUGAUCAGGAUGCAUCGAGCAUUUUUGUUGCUGUUCUUAAAGGUCUUGAAACAAGCGAUGAUUGGAAUUUUAUAGAAGCAUAUUUGUUCAUUGCUGAAGCAUUAUUUGCCAAUGAUGAUUCAAAUAUAACUGAUACAAAUUUAUCCUUAUUUAGAGUACUUGAAUUAUUUACAAAAUUCUUAUCACAUCCUAAUCCUCUUGUUAGUUCAAGAACAAUUCUAUUAUUACCCAAAUUUCUUGAGAAAUUUGAGUCAGAAAUUUCAGUACCUACAAUUGGUUUGAAAACUUUUACUGAUAUUAUAGCUAUUGCAGCUGCAAAGGAUGUUAAUAAAUUUGUUAGUGUUAGUACUCUUGUUAGUAUUACAUAUUAUAAUCAAUUCCUUAAUUUAAAGGAGCGAUUAUCUCCAGAAAUCAAACGAGAUGUUCAAGUGGCCAUUUUCUCAAUUGUUUAUUCAUUAAUAGAUGAUUGUACUGAAGAUGGUUUAGCUCCAUUAUUAGAGGCUGUAACAGUUACUAUAGAUAUUAACCCAGAAGAAGCUUCUAAGAUUGAAGUUGAUGCGAAUAUAACAGUGGCUGAUUUAAUCUUUAGAAUUGCAUUUAAAGAUCCAGCAAAUAUUCAAUUGAAUGUUGAUUCUUCAGAUAGUUUAAGAACUUUAUUAUCUAAUAUUUUGGAACAAGAUUAUACUAGAAGUUGUGAUAAGUCAUUACCAUUCAUCCUUGAUUUAUUAAAGAAGAAAGUAGAAAAUCCUGUUAUAGAAUAUUCUCCAGAAUUAUAUCUUGCAUUAGAGUUAUUAAGUAUUAUUAUUGAUGCUCCUCAAUUUGAUUUACCAUCGCAAUUGUUUUAUUACAGUUUUCCACUAUUAAGAAGACUCAUAUUACAAUCAUCUGAUAAUCAAAUCCUUCAAAAUUCUGGAGAAGUUCUUAUCAAUCUUUUGAAAAAAGCUUCAAAAUUGUUCCUUGAUUUCAAGGAGGGUGAUCAAACAGGUAUGGAUUUCUUACUUUCCAUAUUAUAUAAGUUCUUAUCACCAGAUUUAAGUGAUAGUGCUGCCAGUAAUUGUGGUACUAUUAUUUUCACUUUCAUUAAUGAAUUUCAAACUUAUUUAAAUAAUGACUUUAUUUUCCAACUUCUUGAAGCAACUGUCAAUCGAUUAUUAAUUGCUAAAGAACCAGUAACAAUUGAGAAUUUAAUUAUGGUAUUCUGUAAGUUAGUAUUAAAUUCUCCAGAAGGAAUGAUCGAUUUCUUAUCUAAUAUGAGAAUACCAGGGCAAGAAAAGAAUGGACUUCAAUUGAUUUUACCAAUUUGGUUUGAAUCAUUUGAAGUUACUAGAGGUUAUGAAAAGAUUUUACAGAAUGCUUUGGCUUUAGCUAAGAUAUUUACUCUUGGAGAUAAUAGAAUUCAAUCUUUAAUUGUUAAUGGAGAUAUAAUACCUUAUGAAACAGAUCGAAUUAUUACUAGAUCAAUGGCAAGUUCAAUGCCUGAUGAGUAUACUCAAAUUUCAGCUUCGCUUAAGAUAUUGAAAUUACUUGUUGGAGAAUUAGAAUUUCAGAAUCAACAACCGAAUGCUAAUGAUUAUUUACCUGAAAAAGAUGAAGAUGAAGAUGAAGAAGGAGCAGAAGAUGAAGGUUGGGAAGAUAUGGAUGAUAUAGGAGUUCCAAAUUUCGAGAAAUUAAAGUCAUAUGUAGAUUCUGAUAAUGAAGAGCCUGAUUCUUCCGAUGGACAUAGUGAAGAUUUAAAAUUAACUCUCAUACAAUUCUUCCGAGAAUGUACUACUAAGAACUUGGGUAAUUUCCAAUCUUAUUAUACACAAUUAAGUGAAGAUGAAAAGAAAGUUAUCACCGAAAGUUUAUUAUUUUAAAUUAAAUUACAUAGAUACAAUAUACAUACAUACAUAUACAUAGAUAGAUACAUUCAUACAUAUACGAACUUCACG